UUGUAUUUCUCGUGUGGUAGCCAGUGAGGUAUUUUGUAAGAUGAACCCAAUUGUUUUAAAUUUGCUUUAGCAAGCUAGGAGAAGAAAGAAUGAUUGAACAACAUGAAUGAAGAGAUGAAGACACAACAUGAUAAUCGUACGUGUAGGUUGAUAAGGAGACUUGUUGGUGCAAAGAUUGAUCAGUGUAAAUGGAUUUUAAAAAAAUGAUGAAAUUCUAGGAAUUGACCAGGGAAGGUUUAAAGGAAGAUUGAUUGCUAGAGGUUUUACUCAAAGGAAGGGGAUUCAUUAUAAUGAUGUGUUCUCCCUCGUAGUAAAGCAUAGAUCAGAGCAAAUACUCCUAUUUUCUGAGUUUGAUCUUGAAUUGGAGCAAAAGGGAGUCAAGACUGCCUUCUUGUAUGGAAAUCUUUAGGAAACCAUUUUUAUGAAGCAACCAUAAGGGUUUGAGGUGAAUGGUAAAGAGGAACAAACAGUUUGAUCAGUUUAUGACUCAAAUGGUUUCAUGUGAAACAAGCUUGAUAAGUGUGUUUAUUUCAAACUCUUACCUGACAAUCACUCACUGUAAUAUUGUUGCUCUAUGUUGAUGAUAUUUUUAUAUAUCAAGCAAUAGUAAGUCUGAAGUUGGGAAGGUGAAGACUGAGUUGAAUAGUGUAUGAGAAGAACUUGGAAACAAUAAAGAAGGUCUUUGGGAUUGAGAUCAUGGGAGAAGAAAAGAAGCUGUUAUACCUGGCUUGGAGAUCCACCUUAAGAAAGUCUUUGAUAAGUUCGGAAUGACAAACUUGAAAACUGUUUCUUCACCUUUAGCUUAGCAUUUGAAGCUAAGUUGUAAACAAUAUCCUAAGACAGAUGAAGAGUGCGGUUAUAUAGAUACAAUUUCAUAUGCAAUCAUUGUUGGUCUAUGGUGUAUGCAAUGAUUGCACUUGACUUGAUACUACUUGUGUCAUGAGUAUUAUGAGCAAAUUUAUGUCAAAUCUUGGGUAGGAAAACUGACAGACUCUUAAGUACAUCAUGUUACGAGGCACUUAAAGGGGGUCUCAUGGUAGAGUUCAGUUUAUGGUGGAGCUAGAGUUUCUGUUAGAACAAUUGCUUUGGUACAAUUUUUAGAUUCAAACUAUGUUGGAUGUCUAGAUACUAGGAUAUCUCUCGCAGGUUAUGUUUUCAUUAAUUAUGGCUAUUAGUUGGAAGCGAAGUUUAUAGAAAGUGUGGUUUUGUCUAUCACUGAAGUUGAGAAUAUGGCCAUAUCAAAAGUUGUGAAGGAAGCAUGUGGCUCAAGGGUUUUGUUGAAGAGCUGAGAAUGCACUAUCAAAUUGUCAUAGUGCAUUGUGAUAACAUUUAUUAAAGAACCGAGUUUGUCAUGAGAGAACCAAACAUACUGGCACUAAGUUGCAUUUUGUAAAGAGAGGAGAUUGCCAAAGAAUUUGUGAAGGUGAAGAAUAUUUCAACAAAUCAUAGUCCCUUUGAUAUGAUUACAAAAAUGCUUCCAAACUUUUAAGUUCUACCAUUGUUUGGGUUUGAUUGGGAAUUAAGUGUUGUUCUGGGCUUGUACCUGUUCCCCGCCGAGUUUUAGAGAAGUUUGUUCAUGAACCAAGGUGGAGAUUUAUUGUUUUUUUGGCCCGGUCAACUAGAUGUAUCGACUAUCUCUAGCAUUGUGAUAUCACCUGUCUAUUCUAUCAACUGAGGAUUGGUAAGCCGUGAGAACAUGUUGUUGAGAAGCAUAGUCCGUGAACUCAAGGAGAUGAGAGAUGGAAUAGGAAGCACAUCUAAGCGGGGUGCAGAAAGCAAGCUACGGCUCAGUCGAACAACGUCACAUAUUGCUCCAGAUGUUCUUGCAACUACAUUUGAAUUUAUUCAACAGGGACAAUGGGCAAAUCUUCCACAAGAAUUACUUUUUGACAUAAUCCAAAGGGUUGAAGAGAGUGAAACAUCUUGGCCUGACCGAGCUGUUGUUGUCUUCUGUGCUUCUGUAUGUAAAUCUUGGAGGUCGAUUACAAAAGAGAUUGUCAAGACUCCGGAACAAUGUGGAAGGAUCACAUUUCCUAUUUCAUUGAAGCAGCCUGGUCCGCGUGAUUCUCCAAUACAGUGCUUUAUAAGGAGGAACAAAGAAAGUUCUACAUAUCUGUUGUACUUUGGUCUGGUACCAUCAGAGAAUGACAAUAACAAGUUAUUAUUAGCGGCCAAAAGGAUAAGAAGGGCAACAGGCACUGAUUUUGUCAUAUCCUUGGCCACAGAUGAUUUUUCCCGAGCCAGCAAUAAAUAUGUUGGUAAACUGAGGUCUAAUUUUUUGGGUACCAAGUUCACCAUACAUGACAGUCAACCUCCCCAUGAUGCUGCAAUUCAACCCAAUUGUCAAUCUAGUAGGAGAUUUCAUUCUAAGCAGGUCUCACCAAGAGUUCCAGCUUGUAGCUACCUUGUUAGCACAGUUUCCUACGAGCUGAACGUCCUUUGCACUAGAGGGCCAAGAAGAAUGCAUUGUGUCAUGAACUCUAUACCCGUCUCAGCAAUUCAGGAAGGGGGCAAUGCCCCAACUCCAACUUCUUUCCCUCAAAUAUUUGAUGAAUCUUUUUCUCCAUCACCAGCACCGAAAGAAAAAGUACCAGUCCCUGAUUUAAACUCUGCAAGCUUAUCAGAGCCACUAAUAUCGAGCCAAGUUUCAACUGAGCAAUUAGAACUGAAAAACAAGGCUCCACGAUGGCAUGAGCAGCUACAGUGCUGGUGCCUAAACUUCAAGGGUCGUGUGUCUGUGGCUUCUGUUAAGAACUUUCAGCUUGUAGCUGCUGUUGAUCCAUCUCAUAACAUUUCUGCUGAGGAGCAAGACAAGGUAAUCCUGCAGUUUGGAAAGAUUGGAAAAGACAUAUUCACCAUGGAUUACCGUUAUCCGCUCUCUACCUUCCAAGCCUUUGCCAUAUGCUUGAGUAGCUUUGACACAAAACCUGCCUGUGAAUGAGAUUCAUGACCUCAACUUGAGCAUCAUCUGCUGAGUUGUUGAUUGUCAAUCAUGGUGACAUGCAGCUGAAAAUUUAGCUGUUCAGCCAUUGGUAACCUUCCCUUGAAUCGGUUGUUGAUUCUGGAAUUUGUUCUAUUUGUUAUCUCCUGGUCGCCUUAAAUGAAAUUGUAUGAAGUUUAAUGAUUUGUGUAAUAUAUGUUCGGGGUAUUCCUCCCUUACAAAUGUUUUUGAUUUGUUUAAAGAGUUUAAUGGCAAUGCCUUAUUAAUAUAAAAAACAUACACCAUCAAUCAA